AUGCUAGCGAAGGAAAAAAAAAAAAAAAGUAUAAGGGGGCAAGGAAUAUACAAUAAAGUGGAACAACGGACUAUUUCAGUCGUUACAAGGAAGCAGUCACAGGCAAACCUAAGACACGUGGAAAAACCAAAAAAUUGUAGUGAGAGUAUAAAUAAAAGUACGAAGAGUAGCGCUAAUAGCAGUGUGAAUAGUAGUACGAAUAGUAAUACAAAUAGUGUUACGAAUAGUAGUACGAAUAGUAAUACAAAUAGUGUUACGAAUAGUAAUACGAAUAGUAAUACGAAUACGAAUACGAAUACUAAUACCAAUACUAAUACGAAUACUAAUACCAAUACUAAUACCAAUACUAAUACCAAUACGAAUACUAAUACGAAUACUAAUACGAAUACUAAUAGUAAAAUAAAUACCAAUACGAAUACUAAUAGUAAAAUAAAUACCAAUACGAAUACUAAUAGUAAAAUAAAUACUAAUACGAAUAACGCGAAUAUUAAUGUAAAUAAUAAAAACAUUGAUGAGGAUGCUAGAAGAAUAAAAGAAACAAAAUUUAUUUUUGAUAAAAAUAGACAAAAAAAUAAAAGCAGCGGUAGUGGCUGUGGUAAUGGUAGUCAUAGUAGCAGUAGCUGUAGUAGAGAAAGAAGAGGAUUGAAGAAGCGGACUACUUCACCUGAAAUGGAUGAUAUAAAUAUGAACAACAAUUUUUAUGAAUUGGAGGACUACAAUGAAGAUGUAAGUAUCGUCAGUUCGAAAGGAGGAAGUAAACUAGGUGUUAAGAAGAAUAAGGGAGGUAAUGAAAAAGCAAAAAAAAGGGCAUGGGGUCAAAUGGUUGUAGAUGAAAAAGAUAGAGAAAGUGAAGUAAAGGACGAAGAAGAUUUGAAACAUGUGGAAAAUAAGGAAGAUGCAGAGGAUGAGGAAAAGCAAAGUAAUAAUGUAAUAAAUACCCUCGAAGGAAUAAAUCAAGAAAAUCUAAAUUGUAGUAAUAAAAACAAAACAAAAGAGAAGAAUUAUGGAUCGUUUGCUAAACGUGAAGGAAAAAGGAAUAACUCAAUGAAAGAACAAGAGGAAAGUAAAGAAAUUAAUUUAGACGCCUUUACAAAAUAUAAUAUUAUUAAAAAUAAAAAAGAGCACAUAGUAAUUGAUGAUAGUAACAUAUACAUUGUUAUAGAUAACAUGGAUGAAAACUCAAAUGAUAAAGCAGCAAUUAUUAGUAAAUUAAAUAUUACUAAUGAUACUUACAAUUUUUUGAAAAAUAAAAAUACUGGAAAGAAUUUAAGUAAAAUGAAGCUCGCCUCUCCGUAUGUGGGUAAAACAGAAAAGGCAGAAAGAUCAAGAGGGGCGGAAGCAGCAAGACGAGUGGAAGCAGCAAGGCGAGUGGAAGCAGCAAGACGAGUGGAAGCAGCAAGACGAGUGGAAGCAGCAAGACGAGUGGAAGCAGCAAGGCGAGUGGAAGCAGCAAGACGAGUGGAAGCAGCAAGACGAGUGGAAGCAGCAUUACGAGUGGAAGCAGCAAGCACUGUGGAAGAAGAUAUGGAAGACGAAGUGAACGACGAAGACUUGAGCGAAUGUGAAGAGUACGAGGAGGACUCCGACGAUUACGAUAACAAAAGCGUUUCUAUAAGGGGUAUAGGAGAGGAUUCUACAAAUGAUGAAGAGGAUGAUAUAGAAAUAAGUAAUAUUUACAAAACUUUGAAACAAGAAAAUAUGAAAUUCGCAGAUGGAAUGAAAAAAGAUGAAGGAAUGAUGGUAGAGAUAGAAGAGGAAGAGGUGGAAAAGGAGAAGGAUAAGGAUAAGGGAAAGGAGGAAGAAGAACCUAUUGAGAAAAUUUUAAAAAAAAGAAAAACAAAAAAUGAUAAUAGCAACAAAGAACAUAAGUUAAACAUUGUAAGAUCACUUCUAAAGAGUGCUCACAGCGAUUUGAUGGUAAUGGACCAAAAUGAUAUGCAAAUGAGUAGUAACACUAUGAACAUAAGGGAGCCAUCUAUUAGUCUAAAUGAAUUUUGUAAUUAUAGAAAGGGAAAUUAUAAGAACGAAGGAAUAGAAGAAGGAAAUUUGGAAAAAAUAGAGGUAGCAAGGGAAAGAGGAGAAAGAGAAAGAAAGAGAAAACAAAACAACGAGAAGGUUAAUAAAAAAGAAAAAGUAAAAACAGAUUUAGAAAAGAAUGAAACCAAGUCUAAAAAUAAUGAAUUGGAUAAAUUGUAUAAACGGAUUAAUAGAAAAGAGGUAAAAUAUGACAAGCAGGGAAAGAUAGGAGCUGAAAAAUGCAAAGAAAAGGAAGAGUUCGACUACAAACAAUACAGCAAAUUAAUUAAAUUAAUUUCCAUCUCGAGGGAUAUAUCAAGAUAUAAUGUGUAUAAGGAUAGCAAUGAUGCAGAGAAGAGCAGUAGCAGGAAAGGAAGUAAUAGACGUACUAAUAGUAGGAAAAGCGAUAAUAGAUCGGGUAGUAGCGGAUAUGGAAGUAGUAGACAGGUAAGUAAUAGACAGAACAGCAGUAGUAAUAACAAUAAAGAAAGCAGAAGAACAAGUGAACAUGCACAGAAUAAUAAAGUGAAGGAGAAAACGGCUUCUCUAGAAAAAGGAAAAUGUAAAUUCAACAGUGAGAUCAGAAGAAGCAAUAAAAAGGCCGUGUCCAUAUGGGACAGUAAGAAAAUCGAAGUAAGAGGAAAACAAAUGAAAAAUAAAUCAAAAUUAAGAACAACAAAUAUGUUUAUGAACGAAGAGGAAGCAGCGGAAGAAGAAGAAACGAAAGCCGAUGCAGAAUGCACUUACAGCAAUUCUUUUAAAAAUGCGAACAUGGCGAUGCAAGGUAAUAAUAAAAGAAGAUCGAUCUCACAAACUAAUCAUGUUAAAAACGUUAAUAAAAAAAUAAAAGAAAAUUGUUAUCGAAUUGGUAACACAUAUAAUAAUUAUGAACAAGAAAAUGAAAACCUUCUUUUGGGUUUUAACUUAAUGGAUAAUACAGCUAGUUACAAAAAAAUGCACGAAAUGCAGAAAAGUUCAAAAAAUGCGGAGAAUGAAGAAAAUACAGAAGAUUUAAACAAUUUAGAAAAUUUAAACAAUUUAGAAGAUUUAAACAAUUUAGAAAAUUUAAACAAUUUAGAAAAUUUAAACAAUUUAGAAAAUUUAAACAGUUUAGAAAAUUUAAACAAUUUAGAAAAUUUAAACAAUUUAGAAAAUUUAAACAGUUUAGAAAAUUUAAACAAUUUAGAAAAUUUAAACAGUUUAGAAAAUUUAAACAAUUUAGAAAAUUUAAACAAUUUAGAAAAUUUAAACAGUUUAGAAAAUUUAAACAAUUUAGAAAAUUUAAAAAACAAUAAAAUUCUUUUAAACUAUUGCGCAGUUACUAAUAAGAAUAAGACGAGUAGCGAGGAACAGUCCAGUGUAAUAAUGGACUUAAGGAAUGAAUAUAUAAAUGAUAAAAGCAGUCAUAAAAAACAAGAGGAUAGUAAAUCUCAUAGUAGAAAUAGAAGAAUUUUAUUAAAACAGAAAUAUAAUUGUACAGACAAUGUUUUAAUUAGUGGUAUUGUUGAUCAACAAGAGGAACAGGAACAACAGUUUGAUGAGGAUAAGGACAAAAAUGUAAAGAGAAAGAAACAGUUAGUGAAGAUUGAAGAAAGUGAAAAGGACUUAAUAGCACAAGAGAAGAACAUUAUGGAAGGAAUUGAGUGCUUGGGAGAUGGUAACGAAGGGAAAGAGAAAGAGAAAGAGAAUGAGAAUGAGGAAGAGGAAGAGGAAGAGGAGACAGAAAUGGAAAAACACGUAGAAGAUGAAAACAGUAAAGAAGAGUUAGCUGCAGAGAAGAAGGAUAAAGUGGGAAUGGAAAAGAAUGUGGUUGGCGUGGAAGAUGUUAUAAUGGGAACACAAAUUGAUGGGAAGGCUCUUGAAGACAGAGAAAUAAAAGAAGAGGUUACAAACAAAGAGGAAGAAUUGAAUGAAUUGGUGGAAGAACAUAAGAAAAUGAAAGGUGUAACAGAAGAAGAAGUAAUACAAAAAAGUAACAAAGGUGAAGAAGCAGAUGUAGAAGAAGUAGAAAUAGAAGCAGAAGCAGAAGAAAUAGAAGCAGAAGCAAAAGAAGUGGUUAGAAAGAUCGAAGAAGCUAGAAAUGAUCAGGUAACGGAAGAAGAGAAAUAUGAAGAAGUCUUAGAAGGGAGAGAUACAAUAGUGGAUCCAUGCAAGUGUGUUAGUAAAGAAGUAGAGGGGGUAGGAGAAGAGCAAAGGGAAGAUGAAAUUGUAGUAGUAGAGGAACAGGAAGAAGGAAAAGAAGAAGAUGAGGUUGUAGAGGUGGAAGAAAAAGGUGCAUUUGAAGUAGGGGGUGAGGAAGUUGUAGAAGUAGAAGUGCAGGAGGAUACAGAGAAAGGAAAUGAAAAAGCAGAAGAACACACUAUUGAACAAGAAGACGUAGUAGAGGUAGAAAGAGAAGAAGAAGAAGAAGAAAAAGGAAAAGAACAAAAUGAACAAGAUGAGGUGGUAGAGAUACCAAUAGACGUUGAAGAAGAGAAAGAAAAAGAACAGAAUGAACAAGACAAAGUGGUAGAGAUACCAAUAGACGUUGAAGAAGAGAAAGAAAAAGAACAGAAUGAACAAGACAAAGUGGUAGAAGUAGAAAAAGAGGAGGAAGUGGUAGAGGUAAAUGUUGAACAAGAGGAAGUUAAAGGGGAGGAGGAAGAGCAAUUGAAAGAAAAAGAAGUUAUGGAAAUACAGGAAGAAGGAGAAGAAAAGGAGGAAUACGAAGAGAUAUUGGACGAGGAAGUAUACGAAGAAUUAGGAGACGAAAAAGAAGAAUACAAAGAAGUAGAAGAGGAAAAGGAUGAGUACAAAGAAGUAGAAGAAGUGGAAAAAGGAGCUGAAAAACAGGUCGAGAAGGAACUAGAGAAAGGGGUUGGUGAAGAAAUAGAAGUUAACUCGGAUGAGGAGAUGGAAGAGUACGAAGUGGACGAAGAAGAGAUAAUGAAAGAAGAGAUGAAGCAUCAUGAGGAGAUGGAAGAAUACGAGGCGGUCAAAAAAGAAGUUAACUCAGAUGAGGAAAUGGAAGAAUACGAGGUAGAUGAAGAAGAGGUAGACAAAACAGUAGAAGUUAAAUCAGAUGAAGAAAUGGAAGAAUAUGAGGUGGACAAAAUAGAAGUUAACUCGGAUGAAGAGAUAGAAGAGCACAAGGUGGACAAAGAAGAGUUAAACAAAAAAGCAGAAGUUAACUCUGAUGAAGAAAUGGAAGAAUACGAACUGGAUGAAGAAGAGGUAGACAAAACAGUAGAAGUUAAAUCAGAUGAAGAAAUGGAAGAAUAUGAGGUGGACAAAAUAGAAGUUAACUCGGAUGAAGAGAUAGAAGAGCACAAGGUAGACGAAGAAGAGUUAAACAAAAAAGCAGAAGUUAACUCUGAUGAAGAAAUGGAAGAAUACGAACUGGAUGAAGAAGACAUGAUGGAAGAAGAGAUAGGGAAAAAAGAAGUUAACUCGGAUGAAGAAAUGGAGGAGUACGAGGUGGAUGAAGAAGAGAUGGCAGAACAAAUGGUAAAAGAAGAGGAAGAGAAGAAAGAAGAAAAUAUGAAAAAUGGAAAGAGUAAUAUAGAAGAGGUGAACAACAGUUCGAAAGGUACCUCAAAUGAUGAAAUAAUGAAUUACAAUACAAAUAAAUCAAAAACAAUGAUAUAUGAUAAUAUUAUAGAUCUCAACAGCAAUUCAUAUAAUAGUAAAACAGAAGACAGUGGUAAAGGGAAUAAGGAUGGAAAUGAUUCAACAAACUCUGAAUUACUGGAAUAUAAUAUAUCAGCAGAAAAGGAUAGUGAUAUGCAUGUUAAAAAUAAAAAUUCUUUUGAAUUAUUUGAUGAAGGGAAAAGUUAUGUAACAGCAGAUAAUGAUAAAAACAGCCAUUAUAAUAAUUUUAAAAAUAAUUUUUUUUUUUAA